UCACCAGAUACAUAUACUAGUUAGUCAAUUAGAAUUUAGUAUAAAUACUUGUGAAAAAUUGUAAAAAUGUCAUUUUACAUUCUUAUUGUAUUGAAAUAACACAUUGCAUUAAAGACUUAUUACAAUAUGAAUAUCUCGCUGAAAUAUCUUAACCUGCUGGUUGCGUUCUUACUUCUUUGGUGUUCUGAAUCUACUAUUGAAGCGACACAAAUAAUUAAAUCAGGCCAAAACAGUGAUGUUUACAUCAAACAACAGGACCCAUCAGGAGUAUUUGCUUCAUUUUGGCGAAGACAUAAUAGAACUACAACACCUAAUCCAAAUUCUACUACUGAACAAUGGAAUACUACAACCACUAUUUCCACUCAAUCAACAACACUUUAUCAGAAUACGACAACUGAAAGGCGGAAUACAACUACUGAUUUAUAUAAAUCAAAAAACUUAAAAGCAGCAACCCAACAAUGGAAUACAACUACUGCUGCUCAUGAAUCAACAUCAUAUCAUCCAAAGUCAACUUCUGAACAAUGGAAUACAACUGCUGUUUCUCCUGCAUCAACAUCAUAUCAUCCACACUCAACUUCUGAACAAUGGAAUACAACUACCGCUACUCAUGAAUCAACAUCAUAUCAUCCAAAGUCAACUUCUGAACAAUGGAAUACAACUACUGUUCCUCCUGUAUCAACUCAGGGAACAACUCGUCAUCAUCAUCAUUUUCGAAGGAGAACAACAAAAUCACAAUAAGAUUGAUGGAGAUUUCUCAUUAAUAUAAUAAUUGAUUCAUAAUACAGAUAUCAUUUUUUUUGUAGAUUAUAUACAGUAUACAAAUAUACCGACUGUCGUAGUGUAGUGUAUAAAAAUUCCCAAAAAUACUUAACUUCUAAAUUAUAUCAUUAAUACGAUUAAUUUCCUUAAUUAUAAUCUACUUUGUUUUUAGCAUUCUCAUUUGUGUAAGGCCAGCUACAAUGCUACAUGGCUUGUUUUAUAUUAUAUUUUGUGUUAAAGUUUUAAAUUAUGAUCUUGUCACUGAUACUAUUUGAAUAAAAAUGAAUUAUUAUGAUUACAACACAA